AUGCUGGAAAAAAAUCAGCCCUUCUCUGUCUACAACAGAGCGCCCAGCCGCUGGACUUCGUACGUCUUCAACCAUUUCACCUUGAUUGGUGUCUUGGUCUUGUACAUUUUGCUGUCGCAUUUAGACGUUUCGUUCCACCAGGCUCCGACCAAGAAACAGAAUGUCAUUUUCAUGGUCACAGACGGCAUGGGCCCUGCCUCGUUGUCGCUUGCCCGUUCCUUCAGACAGCACAGAGAUAACUUGCCUAUCGGCGAUAUUUUGGCGCUUGACAAAUUUCUUGUGGGUCUGUCCAGAACCCGUUCCAGUAGCAGUUUGGUGACAGACUCAGCUGCUGGCGCCACGGCUUUCAGUUGUGGCCUCAAAUCUUACAAUGGUGCCAUUGGCGUUGACCCAAACAAAAACCCCUGCGGCACCAUCUUGGAAGCCUUGAAGUUGCAAGGUUGGCACACUGGCUUAGUGGUGACGACACGAAUCACCGACGCCACUCCAGCAGCCUUCAGUUCACACGUCGAUUACCGUUUCCAAGAGGACCUUAUUGCUGAACAACAGCUUGGCGGGUACCCCUUGGGCCGCAUGGUGGACUUGAUUUUGGGUGGAGGCAGAUGCCACUUUUUGCCUCAAUCCGCUGGAGGCUGUCGUGCAGACUCAAGAAACUUGGUGGAAGAGGCAAAGGAGGGCAACUGGUCGUAUGUUGAGAACAGAGCAGACUUUGACGCUUUGGCCGGAGGUGAAAACGUCAGCUUGCCUCUUUUGGGUCUUUUAGCCCAGACAGACAUCCCCUACGACAUUGACAGAAACGCCAGUGAAUAUCCGUCUUUGGCCGAACAGGUGAAAACAGCAUUGACCGCAUUGAGCAAGGCCACCGAAAAAUCUGACCACGGUUUCUUUUUGCUUAUUGAAGGCUCCAGAAUCGACCACGCGGGCCAUCACAAUGACCCAGCGGCGCAAGUGAGAGAAGUGUUGGCCUAUGACGAAGCUUUCAAAGAAGUUCUUUCAUUCAUAGACAACUCUGAUGUUGAAACUGUUGCCAUCUCUACUUCUGACCACGAGACGGGAGGAUUGGUUACCUCUAGACAAGUGUCGAAAUCGUAUCCGGAUUACAUUUGGUACCCUCAAGUUUUGUUGAACAGUACUCACUCUGGUGACUAUUUGGCUAGCAAAAUUGUAUCUGCCAAACAGUCCAACAUUUUUAAAGAUGAUGAAAGCUUUUCGGAUUUUAUUGCCAAGUCGAUUUUCGAGCAAGAUCUUGGAAUCUACGACUACACGCAAAGAGAAAUUUAUACGGUUAAGAAAUUGGCCAACAUACAAUCCGAGCUUAUGUACUUUCUCAACAAUAUGGUUUCCAUCCGCUCCAGAACGGGCUGGACUACGCACGGCCACUCAGCAGUUGAUGUGAAUAUUUACGCGUACUCCAAUUCCAAAAGAAUUGACGAACUCCUUUACCAAAGGGACCCAUAUACGGGAUUACUUGGAAAUCACGAGAAUAUAGAGAUUGGCUCGUUCAUGGAGUCUGUUACCCAUGUGGAUUUGAAGAAAGUUACCGAAUUGGUACGAAAAACUCACCAUUCUCCUGGAGCAAUGGCCGAGGCUCAAGUGGACAGCUUACAUGUUGCAGCAUUGGGAGAACAGCACUCUGGAUGUAUGCAAAAGAGUUAA